AUUGAGCAACAGUCGCGAGAGGCAGGAGAUACGGAAGGCGACAUUGCUGGGGACACAGCUAGACACACUGCUGGAAGGAGGCACUCCAUGCCAGAGGAAGCACACCACCCCGCGGAUGCUGACCACCAGCAACCCGUGCCAGCAGGCCCAACAGAAGGUUUGGGAAAAAUAAUACAAAGAUUUCCUCAGAAGGACUGGGAAGACACUCCUUUUCCACAAGGAAUUGAGUUGUUUUGCCAGCCUGGAGGAUGGCAGCUUUCGAAAGAGAGAAAACAGCCGACGUUCUUUGUGGUGGUUUUGACUGACAUAGACUCAGAGAGGCACUACUGUUCCUGCUUAACUUUCUAUGAAGCAGAGAUUAACCUGCAGGGAACAAAAGACAUUGAAGGUGAAGAAGAGUCUGGUUUAAUUCCGCCUGCAGAAGUAUUUGCUCCUAAAAGUCUGGUGUUGGUGUCCAGACUAGAUUAUCCAGAAAUUUUCAGGGCUUGCCUUGGCCUCAUCUACACUGUGUAUGUGGACAGCCUGAACGUGUCACUGGAGACUCUCAUUGCAAAUCUGUGUUCAUGCCUUGUCCCUGCUUCUGGCGGGUCUCAGAAAUUGUUUUCUUUGGGAGCUGGAGACCGCCAACUGAUACAGACUCCUCUACAUGAUAGCCUUCCUGUUACAGGCACCAGUGUGGCUCUUCUCUUUCAGCAACUGGGAAUCCAAAAUGUACUCAGCUUAUUCUGUGCCGUGCUUACAGAAAAUAAGGUUCUCUUUCACUCAGCAAGUUUUCAGAGGCUCAGUGAUGCCUGUAGGGCUCUGGAGUCUUUGAUGUUUCCUCUUAAAUAUAGUUAUCCCUAUAUUCCAAUUCUUCCUGCACAGCUACUGGAAGUUCUCAGCUCACCAACACCUUUCAUAAUUGGUGUACAUUCUGUCUUUCGUAAUGACAUUCAUGAGCUUUUAGAUGUAAUCAUAGCAGACCUGGAUGGAGGCACAAUUAAAAUUCCUGAAUGUAUUCAUCUUUCUCAGCUGCCAGAGCCACUGCUACAUCAGACUCAAAUGGCGCUUUCUCUAGUUUUGCAUCCUGAUUUGGAAACAGCAGAUUAUGCAUUCCCUCCCCCACGAACAGCUUUAUCACACUCAAAAAUGCUGGAUAAAGAAGUGCGAGCAAUCUUCCUUAGGCUAUUUGCACAACUUUUCCAAGGAUACAGGUCCUGUCUUCAGCUGAUCAGAAUUCAUGCUGAGCCAGUAAUUCAUUUCCAUAAGGCAGCCUUCUUGGGGCAGCGAGGCUUAAUUGAGAAUGACUUUCUAACCAAAGUUCUCAAUGGAAUGGCAUUUGCUGGUUUUGUGUCAGAGAGGGGUCCUCCUUUCAGAGCCUGUGAUCUUUUUGAUGAGUUGGUAGCCUUUGAAGUCGAAAGAAUUAAAGCCGAGGAAGGUAAUCCACCAAAAAUGAUAAAGCACGUUAGAGAACUUGCAGAACAGCUCUUCAAAAAUGAGAAUCCCAAUCCCCACAUAGCGUUUCAGAAAGUGCCGCGGCCCACGGAGGGCUCCCACUUGCGAGUUCACAUCCUCCCUUUCCCCCGGAUCAAUGAGUGCCGGGUGCAGGAGCUCCUCCAGGAAGGCCUCGCAAGGAGUCAGGGUGCCCCCCCUGCCAGCCGGGGGGACAAGAAGUGCGUCGUUCCAGCGGGUCCCCCUGUUGUUUCCAUUAUGGAAAAAGGAAGCACAGUUUUCAACAGUGCGCAAAGGCUGGAAGUUGUUAGAAACUGCAUCUCAUUCAUCUUUGAAAACAAAUUUUUGGAGACUGAAAAGACCCUGCCUGCAGCUCUGAGAGCCCUAAAAGGAAAGGCAGCUCGGCACUGCCUGACACAGGAAUUAGGCCUGCAUGUUAAACAAAAUCGAGCAAUACUGGACCAUCAGCAGUUUGACUACAUUGUGCGAAUGAUGAACUGUGCUUUGCAG